AUGGCACAAUUAGUGAGCACAUUCAAGGCUAUGGCCAUCUUCUUUGUUGUGGCAAUGUAUUUUGCAACUGUUACAGCUCAAGAUUUUGAGAUGGCACCAGCACCUGCACCAACAAUGGACAAGGGAGCAGCCUAUUCUUUGCGGAUAUCUGGGGCUCAGCGGAUGCUUAGUAAAGAGAAUUUAUCAUGGAACGUUAGAGUUGUUAGACCAGGAAAGAUUUGGAGAGCAUAA